AUGUCCGCUCCACUGCAAUCCGUCGCUGAGCAAGCUCCCUGUGCCGGGCUGGAUAUGAAUCUGAUUCAGGGUGAAAUGAAGAACGACGCUUCCGUCGACUCUCCGACGUCGGUUCUCGGAGAUGAGGAUAAUGGCCAGAACAAUUUGGAAGCUAAAUCUGAGGAAGACACUCUUCAGGAGGGAGGGAUUGGGGAUUCCUCUCUCAUAUCAAAGACAAUGAAGGAGGAGGAAGAGAAUCUGUUGAACUACAGGGAGAAAGAAGAAGCAAAAUCAGAAGAGCAGGAGGCACCUCAUUUGAAUGAUUCUCAGUUUACCAAGUUGGAUGAGCUUCUUACUCAGACACAGAUGUACUCGGAGUUCUUACUGGAGAAGAUGGAUGAAAUCACACAUAACGGCGGGGAGCAAGAGGAUGAAACUGUUGAGAAAAAGAAAGGCCGUGGUUCAAAGAGAAAAGCUGCUGCAGGUUGUAAUACGAGAAAAGCCAAGAGGGCCAUUGCAGCCAUGAUUACCAGAUCAAAAGAAGUAGAAAGUGCUGAAGAUGCCAAUUUGAGUGAAGAAGAUAAGGUUGAGAAAGAGCAGAAGGAGCUGGUGCCAUUGUUGACUGGUGGCAAGCUGAAGCCUUAUCAACUCAAAGGUGUCAAGUGGCUGAUCUCUUUAUGGCAAAAUGGGUUGAAUGGCAUCCUUGCUGACCAGAUGGGGCUCGGGAAAACUAUUCAAACAAUUGGUUUCCUUGCACACCUUAAGGGGGAGGGUUUAAAUGGCCCCUAUUUGAUAAUAGCUCCUCUAUCUACUCUGGCAAACUGGGUGAAUGAGAUUUCAAGGUUUGCUCCAUCUUUGAAUGCUGUAAUCUACCAUGGUGACAAGAAUCAGAGGGAUGAGAUAAGGAGGAAACACAUGCCUAGAUCUAUUGGCCCAAAAUUUCCCAUUAUUGUUACUUCAUAUGAAGUUGCAUUAUCUGAUGCGAAAAGGUUUCUGAGACACUACUCUUGGAAAUAUGUUGUGGUUGAUGAGGGUCAUCGACUGAAAAACUCCAAGUGUAAACUGCUGAAACAUCUAAAGCUUAUUCCAAUGGAGAACAAACUUUUGUUAACUGGAACGCCUCUGCAGAACAAUCUUGCAGAGCUUUGGUCCUUGUUGAACUUUAUAUUACCAGAUAUUUUUCAGUCUCAUGAAGAAUUUGAGUCAUGGUUUGAUCUGUCAGGAAAGUGCAACAAUGAAGACAUGAGGGAAGAGCUAGAAGAGAAGAGAAGAUCGCAAGUUGUAGCUAAACUUCAUUCCAUCCUCCGCCCAUUUCUCCUCAGAAGGCUGAAGGCUGAUGUUGAGCAGCUGCUCCCUAGGAAGAAGGAAAUUAUACUAUAUGCAACCAUGACUGAGCACCAGAAGAACUUCCAGGAUCACUUAAUUAACAAGACACUUGAAAAUCAUUUGCGAGAUAAAGCUAUUAUAGCAGCGCCUGUCAUGAAAGGGAAGUUAAACAAUUUGGUUGUUCAACUCCGGAAGAACUGCAAUCAUCCAGAUCUCUUGGAGUCGGCCUUUGACGGCUCAUAUAUGUACCCGCCUGUUGAGCAGAUCGUUGAGCAAUGUGGCAAGUUCAAGUUGCUGGAAAGGUUGCUGAAGCGGUUGUUCGAACUCAAGCAUAAAGUUCUGAUUUUCAGCCAGUGGACUAAGAUCUUGGACAUCAUGGACUACUAUUUUAGUGAAAAAGGAUUUGUGGUGUGUAGAAUUGAUGGUAGUGUCAAGCUGGAAGAAAGACGAAGACAGAUUGACGAAUUCAAUGACAUUAACAGCAGUUGCAGGGUGUUUCUUCUGAGCACCAGAGCUGGUGGAUUGGGUAUCAACCUCACUUCAGCUGAUACUUGCAUACUCUAUGAUAGUGAUUGGAAUCCACAAAUGGAUUUGCAGGCAAUGGACAGGUGCCAUAGAAUUGGCCAGACAAAACCUGUCCAUGUUUACAGGCUAGCAACGGCCCAAUCAGUCGAGGGUCGAAUUCUGAAAAGGGCGUUUAGCAAGCUGAAGUUGGAGCAUGUUGUGAUUGGGAAGGGUCAGUUUCAUCAAGAACGAACCAAGGGUAACACCUUGGCUAACUUGGAGGAAGAGGAUCUACUAGCACUGCUUCGGAAUGAGGAAACAGCUGAAGACAAGUUGAUACAAACAGACAUCAGCGACGAAAACUUGGAGAUAGUGAUGGACAGAUGCGACCUUAUUAACAUACCCUCUGACAACAGCAACAAAGGAAACGGUGCUGCUGCUGCUGCUGGAUAUCCUGUUAAGGGGCCUGGCUGGGAGGUGGUUAUUCCCACAAUGACGGGAGGCAUGCUCUCCACCCUCAACAGCUAA